AUGGAUAGCAACACUCUGGUUCUACCCGGCUAUUAUGGCGAAAUCGACUCUAUCGGAAACAUUCUGAUUAAUCCUCAAAAUGGUGCGUCAGCUGCUGCCACAAGCCAUAUAGCUGAAUCGGCGAACAACCUUGUCAAGUCCAGUCCUUUAAUUCCAACUUUGAUCUCUUCCACCUUGGGCUCCAUCCGAGGCGAGAUGGAUCAGAUGAUGCUGCGUUGCAGUAUGUCACCGGCAAUUCGAGAACAACAAGAUGAAUUCAACGUCAUUACUGAUGCCAAGGGGAAAAUGUUGGUAGCUCAAUUUGGUAGCUUCAUCACCGAAUUCCUUAAGAUAUGGACCGGCACAAUCGAGGAAGGUGAUGUAUUCAUCACCAAUGACACCUAUCAGGGAGAAGGUGCCAUCAGUCACCUCAACGAUGCAAUCGUCUUUCUGCCCAUUUUCCAUGAGCAUCGUCUCGUUGGAUAUGCUUCUCAAUUUGGACACUUGACCGACGUCGGCGGUAUCGUUCCUGGUAGCAUGUCAAUCAAUGCCACCUCGGUAUUUGAUGAUGGUGUUCAGAUUCCGUGCAUCAAGCUCUACUCGAAAGGAGCUAUGAAAUCUGACAUUGUGGAGCUUCUGUGUCGCAACUCGAGACAGCCGGCGUGGUAUCGCUCUGAUUUGACUGCCAUCGUCGCUGCAUGCUCUAUGGCCGAGAACAGAGUGCGCGAGCUAGUCAAUCGGUUCGGUCAAGAAGUGUAUCUAGCUUCCUGUGACGAGCUGCUAUACCGAAAUCGCACUGGCCUAGCGAAAAUCGUCGAGAGACAAUUUGAUGAUAAGGAAAGCAACUUCACAAAUGUUGUGGAUGAUGAUGGUCAUGGUGUGGGUCCCUGGGCACUCAGUUGCUCCAUGAAGAAGGUGGAUGGCAACCGUCUGAAGUUUGACUGGAGUGGCACUUCUCCUCAGAGUCAACAUAGCAUCAAUUUCUAUUUAUCGGAGACCAUGUUCAAGAUGUUCAUCGGGUACUAUCUGAUUGCGGCUGCUGCUCCGGGUACAGUGAUCAACGAUGGAUUCCACGAUCUGAUCGAUGUUCAUAUUCCCAAGGGAAGUGUUCUCAAGCCAGUUCGGCCUGCUCCAAUUUCAUGCCGUACACAUCUUCUCGGGCGCACAUUGAAUAUCGUACAAGCCCUCAUCGGCCAAAAAGACGACACUUACCAGGCAGCAGCUGGCUUCAGCGACUCGCCUCACUUCUUCUAUUCGGGAUUCAAGCCGAACGGAGAGUGGUACCAGCUCUACCAGAUUGGUUUUGGAGGUGUUCCUGCUCGUCAAGCCGGCGAUGGCCCUGACUGCCACUGCCUCUUCCCAGCAAUUAAGUCCAUCCCAACAGAAAGUAUCGAAUUGGACUACCCACUGCGCAUUGAGGCGAACGAAAGUGUGGCUGACAGCGGUGGACCGGGCUUUUAUCGUGGAGGCAACGCGCAACGCACUCUGUACAGAUUCUUGGCCAAAGGAGAAUUCAGCGUCCACGAUGAUCGUUGGUUCACCAAGCCGUGGGGACUGAAGGGAGGCAAGCCCGGCCAGAGAUCUCGAAAGCUGCUUUAUCGUCACUCCAAAUCAGCGGAUCCACCGGCGGAAGUCUUACCAUCGAAGUGUGAUCAUAUUUGUGUGGAACCCGGUGACCUCUUGGAAUGGAUUACCUGGGGUGGUGGUGGACUCGGCGAUCCGUUAACGCGUCCAGCUUUAAAGGUUGCUCUCGAAGUUCACCGUAAGCUCGUCACAUUCAAGGGAGCUCGUGAUGGUUAUGGUGUGGUUAUCAACGACGACUUCACGGUAAAUGAGUUCGAGACUGAGAGCCUGAGAGCACAGAUGCGUCUUGAGCGCACCCCGCUUGAAGAAUCUCUGGUUUACGAUAGGGGCGGAGAUAUUGAGACCCUAAGGAAGACUUGUCUUGAGGAAACUGGACUGGAAGCCCCUCGGCCUCAGUGGGAAGCAGAUCCCUAUGGUCCACAUGUGGGGUUGGACUACGUGAAGGAAUGGUACGCGGACAUGAAAGUCAGUCAAGGAUGGGAGGUUCAGUAG